AUGGAAGGGAAGAAGAAAUUUUUCAGAAAACCAUUAACAAGUGCUCAAAUUAAUGUAUUAAAAAAACAAGAAGAACCUGCUUGUGAUUUAGUAUUGGAGAUUAUGAGUAAAACAGAGUUUGGGUGUCAUCAAAGAAAAUUACCAAAAGAAAUAGUUAAAGCAAUGGAAGGAAUGAGAGGGUUUCAUAAAGAUAAUGGAUUUUUUUUACCACUAAGACACUAUCAUGACAUUGUAUCACAACUUAAAAAUAUGGGAUUUUCUAUGAAAGAGAUUCCUAAUGAAGUGUUACAAUAUUUUCAAGAUGUGAUUGAAGGAAUAGAUACAUCAUCAAAAGAAGUAGUAGACAUGUCUCAAAUUGGUGAACAACUUUUAUUUAAAUUAAAGCCUUUUCAAAUUCAAGGUGUUGAGUUUGGUAUUCAACAUAAUGGAAGAUGUCUUAUUGCUGAUGAAAUGGGAUUAGGCAAAACGUUACAAGCUAUUUCAAUAGCUCAGUACUAUAAAACAGAUUGGCCAUUAUUGGUUAUUUGUCCAUCUUCACUAAGAGCUAAUUGGAAAAAUGAGAUUAUAACUAAUUGCAAGUGUUAUGAUGAUGUUGUUGUAAUGUUUAGUUCAAAAGAUCUUAAUAAACCAUGGGGAAGAGUAACAAUUGUUUCAUAUGAAAUAGCAGCAAAACAUGCACAAGAAAUACUUGAUAAACAAUUUAAAAUUGUCAUUGCAGAUGAGUGUCAUUAUUUAAAAAAUUCUCAAUCAAAAAGGUGUCGUGAAUUAUUACCAGUAUUAAUCAACGCUGAACAUACUAUUUUAUUAAGUGGAACUGCAUUACUUUCAAGACCAAGUGAAUUAUAUCCUCAAAUGCAAGCUCUUAGGUUUCCAAUAUUUCCUUCUUUUCAUAAAUUUGGAGUUAGGUAUUGUAAUGCAAAAGUUACACAAUUUGGUUGGGAUUAUACUGGUAAUUCACAUCUUCCCGAACUUCAUAUCUUAUUAUCUAAAUUUGUAAUGAUUAGAAGAUUAAAAGAAGAAGUACUUUCUGAGUUACCUGAUAAAGAAAGAAUGGAAGUAGUAAUAGACAUUCCACAAGAAGAUGUUAUUAAAAUGAAAGAUUUAAGAUUGGCAGCUGAGCUCCAAAAAAAAAAGUUAGGUGAUAAAGUUGAAAAGUUUACAAAACAAAUUCAAUUCGUAGAGUUAUAUAAUAUGACUUGUACUGCUAAACUUAAAGGGGUAUGUUCAUUUCUUGAUAAAAUGAUUAUAGAAGGGAAAAAAUUAUUAGUUUUUGGUCAUCACCAAGAAAUGCUUGAUGGAAUAGAGAAUUAUAUUAAAGAAAGUAAUAUUGAGUAUAUAAGAAUUGAUGGAUCAACAAAUGCUUCUUUAAGAGCAAAAUAUGUAGACCGGUUUCAAAAAGAGAAAAGAAUUAGAAUUGCUAUUCUUAGUGUUACUGCUGCAGGAACAGGAAUCACUCUUCAUAGUGCAGAUACUGUUGUUUUUGCUGAAUUAUAUUGGACACCAGGAGUACUGAGACAAGCAGAAGAUAGAGUUCAUAGAAUUGGGCAAAAGAAUGAUGUUAGAAUCUUUUACUUAAUUGGAAAACAAACGGUUGAUGAUCUUAUUUGGCCUUUACUUGAAAAGAAGUUGAAAAUUUCAGGAGAAACUCUUGAUGGGAAAGAAGUUGGGCAUGACACAAAAAAAGUUACAGUAAGUGUAGAAAUAGAAAAAGAAGAUAAUAGUGAUAGUAUUGGAAGUAAAAAUACACCAAUAACUAUUGAUUGCGAUGAUGAUAUUUUUAUUGAAGAUGAUGAAUUACAAACAGCUAAGCCUAUUGACUACGAUAACAGUAGUGAAUUAUUGGAUGAUGUUUUAUUUGAAGAAAAACCAAGAAGAAAAACAAAAACAAUUAUCACAGAAGUUAAUAAUGAACAAAAAAAGAAAUCAUUUACUAAACGAAUUAGUCAAGAAAGUGAUAUUUCUAUCACUGGAAUUAAAGAAGGAAACAACUAUGGAUUUCCAUGUUUGAUUGGUGCAAAAAAGUUAAAAGAAGAUAAUGGAAAACCAAUUGCAUUAAUGAAACCUGAGCCUAUGGGAAAAAGAAAUAAAACAAUUAAUGACUUCUUCAAAGUAACAAAACCAAUUCCAAAAGGUUUAUUGACAUUUGCUAAUGAAGUUGAUCAUAGAAAAAAGAAAAAAAUAGAUGAAGAAAAUAGUAUAUUAGAUGAUAUCCCAUCUUCAGUAUUUACCAGCUGUACUGAAGUAAAUGAAAAAUCCCAAGAAAAAGAAGAGAUACAAAAUAUAAUAGACGAUAUAUCCCAAGUAAAUGUAAAAAGAAUACCUUCAUCUGUUAACUUCUUUUCCUUUAAUUCUACUUGUAAAAAUGAAAAUAGAAAAGAUAUUUUAAUGGAAGAGGCAGAGAAAACUAUUCAAAAAAAUGAAGAAGAAAUAAAAAAGAUAGAAGUCAUAGAAAUUGAAGAUGAUAAAAAACCAAACCAAACACAAAAACUAAUUGAGACAUAUAAAUUAAAUGAAACAGUUAAACAACCAAUAAAUACUAAGAAAAAAGGAAUUGUAAUUAAAUUAACUAAACAUCAAAAAGAUGUAUUUGAUACAAAAAUGGGAGGUUCUAAUACAAAAAACAAAGAAAGAAAAAGAAGUUUGUCUCCAUCUCAAAGUUCAAUAACUUCAUUCUUCAAAACAAAUGAUGAUAUAAAGAAAAAAGAAAGUAAACCAGAAAAAAUACCUCCACUACUAACAACAACAAAGAAAAAGAGUGACCCAACAGAAGAUGAUUUUGAACUCGAACCAAAUGAAUUUGAAAAAAGUAUGAUUGGAUUAGGAAGUACAACUGGUAAAAUGAAAUAUCAUGCAUUAUUACCUAAUAAAUAA